UGUAUAUCUAUCAUCUGCAUCUACAGCUUCACACAGAAUGGGUAUCACCCACGUCACAUCUGCCUCCUUGCAAACCAGCGGCGGCCAGACGGGAGGCAUGGAUCGCCGUAAUGCCCUCGUUGGUAUCUCGGACCAACUCUCGGGCAGUUUGAUGAUCUCCCAGCCCCACACCAUCUCCGCUAUCCACCAUCAUCAGUCGCAAGACACCAUCAUCUACUCUAUCUCUGGUCGCGGGGCUUUGAUCACUCUCGAAGACGGCAAAGAAGUCAAGAGAGAGAUGAACCCGGGGGACUGGGCCUUGAUACCAGCAGGAGUGGAGCACCAGGAGGCCAAUGUGGGGGAGGAUGAGGUACACUGGGUCAUUGUCAGAGGAGGUAGAGUGCCGGAAGUGAAGAACGUCGAGGGAUGGUCGACAUGAUUACUCAUCAAAUGUAAUUACCUCGUCUACCUGUCUACUAUAUGGGCAGUCAAUUAGCUUAGCUACAUUGCGAGGAUUCAAAACCGAGUUUCAUCUCUCAUCAGUUCAAUUCUAGUACAUGAUCACUAGCGACUGUAGGACCGUCUCCCAAGUUUCCGCUCCCGAUUCAUAUACUACUCUCUCAGGGUAUCUAUUGGUGAGCAGGAAUCGCUAUAUCCAUAGACUCUGCGUUGAAGAUCAAGAU